AUGCAACAUACUCAGUUUCCGUGGUCACAACACUUUGAUUCCAAAUUACCAGUUGAUGUGAUGCUACACGGACAACAGGUUCGUCGUGUUCAACACUACAAAUACCUGGGUGUUGUGAUGCACGAACCACUGUAUCACACCAUAUGUUUGAACUAUAAUCAGGUUGCUGUCUCGAAUAGCAUGUUGGUUGUGUCCAGUUCUUGCAAACCACCAACUCACAAUCAACUUUCGGAUGCGAAUAUUCUUGGCAGUCAUUCUAUUAAUGAUCAUGUAUGCACUGGAUCUGAUUGGUGGUUGGUGAUGACUUGA